AUGGAAUGCGGAGACUGUGUUGGUCCGCAUGCGCACAACCUGAUCGUUUGCAAACCCGCUAAACGGGGAUCAGUGCAAAUUCACGACACGUUUGAAAAUGUGCAACGUCGCGUGAAAGAAACGGAGCCUGUGGUUUGUCCUUUAAAAGAUGCUGAGAUGAAAGCUUUUGUGGAUAUGACCCUGGCUGAUUUGAUAAGCAAGGGAUACGCUGUCAGCCUUCGUGAAAUAACCAUUCAGUGUAAGAACACCAAGGUGUAUUAUGGGAUAGGUAAGGAAGAGUGUCAGUUGAACAUCACGGAGCACGUGAUCGAGUUUGAAUGGUGUACGCGCUAG